UCGCAGCUGCUGCCUCUCGUCAGUCGGUCUGCGCUGUGUGGGAUUUUCGGCUGGGAAGAAAAAGCGAGCGGAGGACGGAGUAGCCGGCGCGUUUUCCUCAACUUAGUCCGUCCAGGAUUGGGAACGAAGACGACGAAAAAGAGGAGGAAGUUUAUUUUGUUUUCAGCGGAAAAAGAGGACGAACUUCUUCUGCGGUAGCGUUACAGCCUGGCUGGUGGAGAAGAGGGAUUAACGUUCACAUUAGCAGCGUUAGCCUCACUGCUGAAACGGUCGGUGUGGAAGCCUCCGGUUUGGGCUUUUAAAAUGAUUUACAGACAUGAAACGUUUACGGAUUUCAUCUUAAAAACCUCCUCGAUGUCCUGACGGACUUUGUUAACCGUUUGAACUGCUGCUAAAUGUCUUUUUCUAAGCUGUUUUGGCUAAAACAGUUCAGUUUUCUAGACUCUUCUGGUUAGCGCCUCCACUUUGUUUUGUUGUGCUGCACUUUUUCCACCUAUUUUCUUAAAUUGAACGGCGUUCGUGUGAAUUUUAGAACCGAAUUCCUUCGAUUUUGCACACAUUUAAUCAUUUUAGUACGUGUAAUAUCGAUUAUGCAACGCCAAUGAGCCAAGUUGUUGCACUGAGAGACUGUUUGAGUUUGGGAGGCUUACAAUCUACACAUACUCUCACCUAUUAGCAGACUAUACACAGUUCCUGACCUUCUCAGGCUUGUUUGGUCAUUUUCCCCUGCUAAAAUCUGCAAGUAUCUCCUUUCACGUUGAUAUAUCUGCAUUUUCGAGCCUGCUGAGACUUCCUUCUUCACUCUUGAUGGUGUGGAGCCUGCUGUUGGAUCCAUAUAGGACAUAUUAGGACGCAUUUCUCUCUGGGGAUUUUUCUCCAUUUCUUUUGCACCAUGUAUGAAAGUAUGGAUGUGGUGGGGCUCACGGCCAGCCCGAACCCCUUUCUAGCCAUGGAUUACUACCAGCAAAGCCGGGCUUGUUUGGUUCCUGAGAAGGGCCUGGUGGCUGGAGGACAUCGAGGAUUCACUGCCUCCAUUAGAUCACAGCACUGGAGUGGAUCUUCUCAUUCUGUGGACACUCAGAGCACCAGUUCGGAGGAGAUUGUGCCCAGUCCCCCCUCGCCGCCCCCACCGCCGCGGGUCUAUAAGCCCUGUUUCGUCUGCCAGGAUAAAUCAUCGGGGUACCACUAUGGAGUCAGCGCGUGUGAGGGCUGCAAGGGUUUUUUCCGAAGGAGCAUCCAGAAGAACAUGGUGUACACAUGCCACCGAGAGAAAAGCUGCAUCAUCAACAAGAUCACGCGGAACCGGUGCCAGUACUGCCGCCUGCAGAAGUGCCUGGAAGUGGGCAUGUCUAAAGAGUCUGUUCGGAACGACCGGAACAAGAAGAAGAAGGAGGAAAAGAAGGUGGAGUGUUCCGAAAGCUACGUUCUGAGUCCCGAUACGGAGCAGAUGAUUGAACGUGUCAGGAAAGCCCACCAGGACACAUUUCCAUCGCUAUGCCAACUGGGCAAAUAUACCACGAACAACAGUGCAGACCACAGGGUCUCCCUGGAUGUUGACCUCUGGGACAAGUUCAGCGAACUGUCCACCAAGUGCAUCAUAAAGACGGUGGAGUUUGCGAAACAGCUCCCGGGCUUCACCUCCCUCACCAUCGCAGACCAAAUCACUCUGCUGAAGGCCGCCUGCCUCGAUAUUUUGAUUCUACGAAUCUGCACGCGCUACACUCCCGAUCAGGACACCAUGACCUUUUCGGAUGGUCUGACGCUGAACCGGACGCAGAUGCAUAACGCCGGCUUCGGCCCGCUCACGGACCUGGUGUUCGCCUUCGCCAACCAGCUGCUCCCGCUGGAGAUGGAUGAUGCUGAGACGGGCCUGCUCAGUGCCAUCUGUCUGCUGUGUGGAGAUCGGCAGGAUCUGGAGGAGUCAGAUAAGGUGGACAUCCUGCAGGAACCACUGCUCGAAGCAUUGAAAAUCUAUGUGAGGAAGAGGAGGCCUCAUAAACCACACAUGUUCCCCAAAAUGCUGAUGAAGAUCACAGACCUCAGGAGCAUCAGUGCUAAAGGUGCGGAGCGAGUGAUCACCCUAAAGAUGGAAAUCCCUGGCUCCAUGCCUCCACUCAUCCAGGAGAUGCUUGAGAACUCAGAGGGUUUGGAUGGUCAGGGCAGCAGCGGGGCUCGGGCAGGAGGAGGCGCUCCCCCAGGCAGUUGCAGCCCCAGCCUGUCGCCCAGCUCAGUGCGGAGCAGCCCGUCAGCACAUUCGCCCUGAGACUAUCCCCAAAAACGGGCUCCACACAGGCUGCACCAGGACUGCAGAACAGGCUUCCAGUCACGAGUCAGAUGGACUUUAAAGACCAGGGGAGAUGGACAGUGCCCUGGCUUGCUUUGGCUGGGGGACAUAAAGGCUGAGUGUCAUCCAGAUCCAGGACCCACAUUAUGGCUUAAUUGAGUUGGUGCUUUAGUGAAACUUUGCAGAUUCUGAUCUAGGACCAGAGAGGAAUUAAUCAGAGCGGACCGAGGACUCUUCUUUGGGAAGGAUCAGUCCUGCACUUUGUGGAACUAGUCUCUCCACUCUGUCCUCGCUCCCCUGCUUCCAUUGCAUUAAACAGCCACGGUUGUGUUGGUUCUACGGACGCGUCUGACUCUUUCGGACCCUUCGGCAUUGGUGGGACAGGAAAUGUUUCUACAUCCACGCGUAUUGUACGAUGACUUUACGUUUCAGAUUCCCUCAGCUGUAGAUCUAAAGAACUACAAGGACAGUUAACUAAAGACAAAAGGACGUCCGUCGCCCAGAAGUCUUCAGGGACAUUUUGAACUUUGCAUCUUUUUUUCUCCCCCUUUUCUUACAAAAGAUAUAUGAAUAUAUGUAUAUCUAUAUUGACAGAAAAAAAGAGAAUUUGAAAUUUUUGUCUUGGGUGGAAUGAUGCAGGAAAAAUAACGUACCUUUGCUCUUAUUUGUUCCAAGAGUAUCGUUGUGUUCUGCCCACUGUUAUGUUCACUGCAGAAGAUUGUUGUGGGUGAUUCAGAGAUGUUUUUACUAAGGUUAAAACAAAUCGCACCGUUCACAUAUUGUUCACAUGCACACUCACUGAACAAAGCCAGUUUUAAAAAACAAAACAUACAUACGGAGGGUGAAGUGCUCAAAUCUUGUUCAGCAAAAAUAACUAGCUUUCUUAUUGGUUUUCGUUACAGUCAGGUUACAAGAUUCUGAAUGUUCGUGAAAUAUAUUUGAUCACAGACUGACCUCUUUUUUCCGAUUGAUCAGCAUUAAUGAAUGGUCAAUGCAAAUUCUGGUUUCACUUCAGCUGAAGUAAAACAACGAAACAAAAAGAUAUUCGAGCCCUGAUGACAACGUUAGCAGUGCAAUUGGCGCAGUCAGGCAUUUACAUUCGAUGGGUAAGGAAUAACGUGAUCAUUCAUUCAAAAUUUACAGUUCAACUACAGCACGAAGUGUCAGUUUCUUGCAUUUUAUGGUGCAAUCAAACUGGGUACCCUGUUGGCAGACAGACUCCAUUCUCUGCCUCCCAUUAUCCCACUGCCUCAUAAACCCUACAACGCCACUGCCUCGGUCCUUUUGAACAAUCACCACCACCAACAACACCACUGCCUCCGUGAGACAAUCACUUUACCUAUAGCUCCCCAACAGUACUGCCUCUGUACGACACCAACCUACGCUGGAAACUUGGAUUGAAAGCAGUAGCCGAUGUUUGUGGUGUCUAAAUGGCCUGAAUAAGCUGGAAAUCUACAGUGAAUUCUUGAAUGCUGGCAAGCGUCAGUGUAGAUUUGCAGCUUGAGCUCCAACUUCUUUGCUUGGGCAAAUUUGAGUAGAAAAUCAUUCACAGUGAUGUGGGUGUUAUUCAUCCACAGAAACACCUUGUCUUAUAGGGAGUUCCUCUGAUUUCUUUCCAAAAUGUCUGCAUAAUUCAAUGUCUUUGAUUCUGUUUGCAUCUUUCAGAGUGGUUUGGUGUGAAAUCAUUGAUUUGUAGAAACUCAGAUUUCUUUAAAGUGGUGGUGAUAGGAACCAGGGAUGUGACCAAUGCGAUAUGGCUGCUUAAUUCAUAAAACAGGGGUCUCCAGUCCUCCUCCUGAAGCUACUGUCCUGCAGAGUUUAGUUCCAGCCUUCAUAUAAUAUGCUCUCCCUGCCCUAAUCUAACACUGAUCAGUCUCAUCCAGUCAAUCAGGAAGGUCUGAAGCAGUUAAUUAAAUGGAGCAGGUGCAGCAGAUUGUGGUUGGAACAAAACUCUGCAGAACUUGUAGCUUUCAAGGAGGAGGGUUGAAGACCAUUGAUCUGAAACAACCAGUGAACCAACAUGUGUCUACACGAAAAUUACUUUACUUUGUGGACUAUUUUGCCUCUGCCAGAACUGAAGCUUGUAUCUGGCUUUUUUUUUUUAACAUGCCUGCUGUCCUUUACUCUGCGUCUGAAUUUUGACAAAGAAAUCGACUAGAAUGACUUUAGAAUAAACUCUUAUUACAUUAACUUAUUCAGGUUAGGAAUGCAAAGUGUUGGAGAACUGAGGUUUUGUUCUGACAGCCACACUUCUCUCUUCACCAUGACGGUGUUAAAUAAACCCAUUUUAGGCUAAAUGUUUCUUAAACGAUCAUAAAGUGAUGUCUGGCAUUACGUAGUGUAUUCAUUAUCAUUUCUGAGGCAGCUUUUAGAGGUAGAUGUCUGGUUCCUAUCACCACCACUGUUUCUCUUGGUUUCUUCACGCGGAAUGAUUAGUUUACAUCUUAAUCAAUGAAUUAUGCAGAAACGUUUGAUAGAAACAGUGAAAAAGUGUGAAAUGCACCUGGUUCCCAAGUAUCAACCUGAAUGCCUCGCUGUCGGCUAGCGUGUUGCAGUCUUACAGGCGUACAUUACGAUUUGACUGAACAUCAACUCAAAAGUGGGGCUCCAAUCCAGUUUUCCACUGUAGAUCAGUGUCGGCGUGUCAUCACUGUACCUUUUUUGCGAUACCUCUGCCUCUCCGCCAUCCUCACUGACCGCUCAGUGGGAUCCUUCAGGCAGCGCCACGAGCCGGAACCUUUCGACAUGCUUGAUCGCGGCCUACUGCUGCCAAAGUCUCGCUUCCUCAUUUCGCUUCAACUAUGCACACAACUUGCACAGAAGUUGAGCGAUGGUGUCGAUGAGCUGAGUCCACUCGCUCUGAGAUCCCACCGGUCUCUCGUAAGCUUUCUCGGAAACCUCUUUGUGUUUUUUGCGUUUGCGUGUAAGGUUAUGCUGAUGUGAGCGAGUACUGGACUCUAAAUGCUGCCCAGACGUUUCACUGCCAGUGAGCCACAGUGUUUCGCGCACGUCAGUGUGGUUGUCCCCUCACAUACACACACACACUCACACACGUGACGAACAGCCAUUUGUCAAACAACGUCCAGCACAAGACAUGGUUCUGUACUGCUCUAACACUUGUUACACAGUCAAACGCACAAAAAUAAUGUUCCUCUUGUAUCAGUUCCCUGAAUGUUAAGAAUAAUCUUUAAUAAAGACUCAUGUUUUGUGUGUGUUUA